CACACUGUUGGAAAUUCACAAAUUAAUAUACAAUAGCAUUUAUUGUAAUCAGAAGAAAUAAGUCAAAUAAAAUAAUAAGUUGGAAGUGAAAUGGCCAGUCGUGGUGCAACUAGUGUAAUCACCGCCACGACUGGCGUCGUCCAUACCAGCCUAACGUCAAGCUCAACGGUAACGGCAACAGCAUUGCAAACAAUCACCAACGUACUUACUGUCAGCUCAGUGCACUCCAACAACGUGAACAUCUCGAAUAAUACGCACAGCGGUAACCCAGCUGCCGUUGCCACUGGAAACGAUGGAACCGAUGGCGAAGCUGCUAAGCCCAUGUAUCCCCGUCUUUUCAACAAAAUUGUGCUAACAUUGGAGAACAGCUUGAUCCCUGAGGAGAAAAUUGAUGCGACCCCAUCCAGUCAAGAUGGACUGGAUCUUGAAACAGAAAAGGAUUUGCGCAUCCUUGGCUGUGAGCUAAUACAAACGGCGGGCAUACUGCUACGUUUGCCCCAAGUGGCCAUGGCCACUGGCCAGGUGCUUUUCCAGCGCUUCUUCUACUCGAAGAGCUUCGUCCGUCACAACAUGGAAACCGUGGCCAUGAGCUGUGUCUGCCUUGCCUCCAAAAUUGAAGAGGCGCCGCGUCGCAUUCGCGAUGUCAUCAACGUCUUUCAUCACAUCAAACAAGUGCGCGCUCAGAAGGAAAUUACGCCCAUGGUGCUGGAUCAGUACUACACGAAUCUGAAAACACAGGUGAUCAAGGCGGAGCGCCGAGUGCUUAAGGAAUUGGGCUUCUGUGUGCAUGUCAAGCAUCCGCAUAAGCUGAUCGUCAUGUAUCUGCAAGUGCUGCAAUACGAGAAGCAUGAGAAAUUGAUGCAAAUGUCAUGGAAUUUUAUGAACGAUUCGUUGCGUACGGAUGUGUUCAUGCGCUAUACGCCGGAGGCGAUUGCCUGUGCGUGCAUAUACUUGAGUGCACGUAAGCUGAAUAUACCGUUGCCGCAUAGUCCGCCGUGGUUUGGCAUCUUCCGUGUGCCAAUGGCCAAUAUUACGGAUAUUUGUUAUCGGGUGAUGGAGCUUUAUACGCGGGCCAAGCCAGUUGUGGAGAAGCUGGAGGCAGCUGUCGAGGAACUGAAGAAGCGUUAUAUUGAUGCACGUAACAAGACCAAGGAGGCGAACACGCCUCCAGCCGUAAUAACGGUAGAUCGCAACAAUGGCUCGCACAACGCGUGGGGCGGAUUUAUUCAGCGUGCCGUUCCGUUGCCAACCGGGAAGUCGCCGAAGAAAGACUCACGUUCCCAUUCGCGCUCACGCACACGCACGCAGUCACGCACGCCACGUUCUCGGUCGCGCAGCCACUCGCCGAGUCGCGAGCGUUCCAAGAAAUCGCAUCGAGAUCGCGAUCGUGAUCGUGAACGCGAUAGGGAUCGUGACCGUGAUCGUGACCGUGACCGGGAACGCGAUCGCGAUCGGGACCGCAGUCGCUCGUCCCGAUCACGUUCACGAUCAUUGCCCAAGCACAAAAAGAAAUCGCGCCACUAUUCGCGUUCGCUGACGCGCUCCAGCUCGCCGCACAGCAAGCAUCGCAAGAGGAAAUCAUCAAGAGAUCGCUCCGAUUAUUAUGUAAAAAAGGAACGCUCCAGCAAUCCGGGCAACAGUCUAAGCGACAGCGAUAAGUAUCGUAAUUCGAGUUCAAAUUCCGGAAAGUCUCACAGCCGCUACUCGCAUCGUAGCAGUGGCGGAGGUGGUGGCGGCAGCGUAGGCAGCGGUGGAGGAGGCAGCGGAGCUGGUGGCGGACACAAUAACCGUGGAGGACACAAACAUCGCGAUAGCGAUCGUUCCAGAGAUCGCAAACGUUGAUUAAAAUAACAAAUUCUAUGCCUAAUUGUAACAG